UUUCUUUUAGGCUAUGGUAACCUAGCCCCGAUAUCAUUGGGCGGUCGCAUGUUCUGUAUUAUAUACGCUCUCAUUGGAAUACCUUUGACCCUGAUGUUGUUAGCCGUGGUGGGAAAUCACAUCGUACACUACCUAAACAACGCAUGCGCUUGGCUAGUGAACCGCAUUCGAGCCUACCAUAGUAACUACGAGUUCGAGUCUGCAGAUACACAGAUCAAUGCACCUGUCUGGAUUGCAUUGCCGAUCAUCUUCGUAUUUUUAGCGAUUAUGUCUUCGAUGUACUGCGCUCUGGAGGGAUGGGAUUUUGGCACGGCGCUGUAUUUCAUCUUUAUCACAUUUACGACCAUUGGAUUUGGAGAUAUCGUGCCUCGAUCUCAAGCGGUAAGUAUCCCCUAA